UUUGGCGAGAGAUAGGUUGAAGCUGCAAUCGACGAUUCCAUGAACGAGAAGAAGAAGAAGAUAGUGAUCGGUCGACUGAAGAAACGGAUUAAGAUCGCUAAAGGAAGAAGUAGAAAAGUGAGAUUCGAGACGAAGAAGAAAUCGAAAGAAGUAAAAUUAACUUUUAAUUCGAUUGAAAAGUACUGGUUCCAAAGAUACAAUCUAUUCUCGAGAUACGAUGAAGGAAUACAAAUGGACGAAGAAGGAUGGUUUUCAGUCACUCCUGAGGAUAUAGCCAUAAAACAGGCUGAUCGCUGCACCGGAUCUGUUGUUAUCGAUGCCUUCGCCGGAGUUGGCGGCAAUGCGAUUCAGUUCGCCAGAAAGUGUCAUCAUGUGAUUGCUAUCGACAUUGAUCCUCGAAAAAUAGAAUUGGCAAUCAAUAAUGCUAAGAUAUAUGGUGUUGAAGACUGUAUUGACUUCAUUGUUGGCGAUUUUUUCCAACUUGCACCAUUUCUAAAGGGAGAUGUUGUGUUUCUUUCACCACCAUGGGGAGGUCCAUCAUAUAAAGGGAUUCACAACUUCACUCUCGAUCAAUUGAAGCCAAAAGAUGGCCGAUCAUUGUUUCAAGUUUCACAAUCGAUAACUCCUAAUAUCAUCAUGUUCCUACCUCGGAAUGUGGAUUUAGGUCAAGUGGAGGAGCUUUCAUGGCUAUCUUCUCCUCCUUUAAAUAUCGAGGUAGAAUUAUACUAA